GCGAGUGAGCCCGGGAGAGGGGGUUCGGGCGCGGGCGCUGUCCAGCCCGGGGCCGCAGCACAGCCAGCGAGGGCCGAGGCGCGGGCACCAUGGUGGCCCUGUGCCUGCAGGUGGUGGGCUUCGUCACGAGCUUCGUGGGCUGGAUCGGCAUCAUCGUCACCACGUCCACCAACGACUGGGUGGUGACCUGCGGCUACACCAUCCCCACCUGCCGCAAGCUGGACGAACUGGGCUCCAAGGGGCUGUGGGCCGACUGCGUCAUGGCCACGGGGCUGUACCACUGCAAGCCCCUGGUGGACAUCCUCAUCCUGCCGGGCUACGUGCAGGCCUGCCGCGCCCUCAUGAUUGCUGCCUCGGUCCUGGGUCUGCCGGCCAUUUUGCUGCUGCUGACGGUGCUCCCCUGCAUCCGGAUGGGCCAUGAGCCUGGAGUGGCCAAGUACAGGCGGGCCCAGCUGGCUGGUGUUUUGCUCAUUCUGCUGGCUCUCUGCGCCAUUGUCGCCACCAUCUGGUUCCCCGUGUGUGCCCACCGCGAGACCACCAUCGUGAGCUUCGGCUACUCGCUGUACGCAGGCUGGAUCGGGGCGGUGCUGUGCCUCGUGGGAGGCUGCGUCAUCGUCUGCUGCUCCGGAGACGCCCAGGCGUUUGGAGAAAACCGUUUCUACUACUCUUCGGGCUCCAGCUCCCCGACUCAUGCCAAGAGCGCCCACGUAUAAGGGAGCUGCUGAGCUGCCCACAGAGGUGCUGUGACGCCGGCCCUGGCCCUAGGCUUGCUUGCCACAGUGGGAAGAAAGCCCACUCCUCCGCCAGGCUCCAAAGAUCCAGGAACGCAUCCUGUCUGGUAUUUUGUAGCCUUAACACCCCCGCCCUCUCUGUUGGCUUAAAGGAAAUCCUUAGCUCGAAUCAUGCCCGUAGGUUAUCCUCAGGGUGUUGCCUACCCACGAUUAGCUCUUUCUUAGGCAUCCCUUUGUUGUUUAUUAAAUAAAUAUAUAUAUAUUUUGUUUCUCUCUAAAUUUCAAAUGUUUUGCAAACAUUGCUGAGUUGGGUGGGGGUAGGGGAGAUAAAUAAAAGACACGUUUCAAACCGUUACAGAUGACAAUGGGAGCCUCAGAAGGGUGUGUUUCCUCCCUGUUCUUCAGCUCCAAGGUCAUCUACCCAGUUAUUGACAUCUAAGAGACAGAAAAGGAUCAAACUGGGGACAUGGGUUGGGGGAGGGGAGUGGCAGAACUUUCCCUCCAGGGGAGAGUUCCCUUUCUGUAAGGUGAAGAAAGGGUGGGGAUAUUUUUUAGUUGGUGAUUUUACAUUUACCUGUACAUACUUUUUCAAGAUUGGUCAUUUUUAUAACCACAGUUUUCCUGAAAGUUUCAAUUCGUCAGUAUGAAGGAAAUGAACCAAGUAGACUUAAUUAUGCAGUAAAUAACAGGACAAGCGAGUACAACUCUAACUGACAUCCUACAAAGUAUUUUUGAUUUCCAGGUUUGUAUGAUGUCAUUUUUAACCCUACACUUGCAAAAGCUUCCACUUAAUACAUUUUAAACGAUGUCCCCCUUUCUCAAUUUUCAUUCUGUUAGCUCUCUUGAAGUGAUGCUGUUUAACAUAAAUUGUACUGUUGAAUUUGGCUUUACGGGUGUAAACGCUGAUGGCAUAUCAGUAUCUGAGACCCCAAACCUCCAAACACUGAUGGUGCAUUUUGUUCUUUAAGUAAAAUCUGUGUAAUAAAAUAACAGACUGUCUGCAAAA